AUGGCUUCCAUGCACACUGAAAGAGCCCCAUCCUCAUCGUCAUCAUCAUCUUCCUCUUUCACACCUCAAUUGACAUAUGAUGUAUUCCUCAGUUUUAGAGGUGAGGAUACCCGCUAUGGUUUUACGAGCCAUUUAUAUACUGCUUUGGAUCAAAAGGGCAUUUACACCUUUAUGGAUGAUGAAAAACUUGAGAGAGGAAAAUCAAUUUCACCUGAGCUCAUGAAAGCAAUAAAAGAAUCUAGACUUGCUAUUAUCAUUCUCUCAGAAAAUUAUGCAUCUUCAACAUGGUCGGAGGCAGAAGUUAUCCAAGACAUUGUGAAAGUCACAUUUGAUAAAUUGAAUGAUACAUCCUCAGUAGAUACCAAGGGACUAGUUGGAAUAAAUUCUCAAGUUGAACAAUUGAAGUCAUAUUUAGCUAUAGGGUCAGAGGAUGUUCGCAUUAUAGGAAUUUGGGGUACUGGAGGAAUGGGUAAGACAACUCUUGCUAGAGUUGUUUAUGAUAUGGUUUCCAAUCAAUUUGAAGCUUGUGGUUUUAUCACCGAUGUUAGGGUAAAUUCAAAAAAAUAUGGUUUGCCUUGGUUACAAAAACAACUUUUGAAAAAGCUUUUGAAAUGCAAAGACAUUGAUGUAGAAGAUGUCAAUAGUGGAGUUCUCAUGCUCAAGAAGAGGUUACGUCACAAAAAGAUUCUUGUUGUUCUUGAUGAUGUAAAUCAACCAAAACAACUAGACAAAUUAGCUGGGGAGCAUGAUUGGUUUGGUCUAGGUAGUAGAGUUAUAAUAACCACAAGAGAUAAGCAUUUAUUGGUGACACAUGGAGCAAAUGAAAUAUAUGAAGUUAAAACAUUGAAUAAUGAUGAAGCUCUUCAACUUUUUAGUUUGAAAGCUUUUAAAAAAGACCAACCUGACAUUGAUUAUGUGGAGCUAUCCCAAGCUUUUGUACAUUAUUCUCAGGGCCUUCCUUUAGCCCUUGAGAUCUUGGGUUCCUUUUUUAUUAAUAGAUGCGUUCGUGAAUGGAAAAGUGAAUUGGAUAGGCUUAGAAAAUUUCCCAAAAGAGAAAUUUUUGAUGUACUUUAG